AUGUUUCUAGUCACAAGUGCCGAAGAAGAUCAUUUUGGCACGAUAAAAAAGAAAUUCAACAUGGCAAAUUUAUAUCAAAAUAUAGCAGGCAGUUUGGAAAAGCCAGUAGCAAAACAGACUGUUGUAAGCGCUGUAUGGCCUCCUAUUGCAGCACAACAACGACAAACUUCGCCUGUUCAUGAUCGAUUGAACACUCCUGUAUCGCAGUUGCAUGCGGUAACAACACAUCAUACUCCAUACGACAAUAUUUACAACAAAAAUGUUAUCAAUGACAAAACACAAAUAGCGCCAAAUGCUGAUCUAUCUGUGACGAUUUGUUAUAAAUGCAAAAGUAGUAUCGAUAAAAAUAGUCAACCGAAGCUCACAUUUAACAAUCGUUUUUAUCAUCAACAAUGUUUCAAGUGUGGUAGUUGCCGAAAAAAUUUGAGCGACUCCGAGAACAGCAAAUUUUCAAUCGACGAUGAUGGUGAACCUUUAUGCGCAUAUUGCGGAUUAAUAACUGCAAAAGUUUGUACUGUCUGCGGAACCCGUAUUGUCAAUGGAGGAACCAUCAAUUUCGAUAGGAAAAGUUAUCACACCGAUUGUUUUCGUUGUAGCCAAUGCCAUCGACCAGUAGCAGGUGAACAAAAAACGCUAACACACAAUUCGAAACCUUGUUGUAUUACAUGCUUUAAAGAUAAUUUCGCACCACGUUGUUCAAAGUGUACCCAACCGAUUGUUCUUGAGCCAGCGGUCACUUGCGAUGGGAAGAAGUAUCAUUCAGAUUGUUUUUCUUGUGGGCAAUGCCACAAACCGGUAACCGAUUCUAAAUAUUACACACAUCUUGGAGAACCUUGUUGCGCAAAAUGUUUCACUGAACGUAUUGCUUUUCGAUGCGCAGAAUGUUUUCGAAUAAUUUCUGAUGGAAAAUCGAUUACUUGUGAUGGCAAACACUACCAUUCUGAAUGUUUACAUUGUGGCCAAUGCAAAAAGCCUCUGGCGACUGAAAAAGAUUUAUUCAAGCACAAUGAAAAGCCGUGUUGUAGUCGAUGCCACGAGGAACAUUUUGCACCGCGAUGUUCAAAAUGUUCAAGACCCAUUAAAGAUAUCAACUAUUCGACGUACGAGAACCAAAGUUUUCAUAGUGAUUGUUUCACCUGUUGGAAGUGCCACCGUGUAAUUCAUAGCUCAGAGAAGUUUUGUACCGAUCAAGCUGGAUUUUUAUGUUUAACCUGUGCCAAAUUAUUGGACUAA